CGGAUGGUUGGACCAGGUGAUCUUGGAGGUCUUUUCCAGCCUUAACAAUUCCCCGACUCUGAUUUCAGGGACAGGAGAGAAGAUGGCUGGAGGCAGAUGUGACAGGGUGAACAGAGGUUUAGGGGUGAGAGAACAGGAGAUGGACAUAACAGGAGACCGAGGAGGUGGCACAGUGGAAGCAGGAGAGAAGAGUUUAAAUUUAGGGGAAGAUGAGGCAAGGAAGGGAACUGAGAUUUGUAAAUCCUAAAUUCUCUCAGCAAAAACAGUCUGGACAGGAUCCUCACCCCUAUAUCCCCAUGUCUCUGAUGCCUCAGAGCACUGGCCGUCGUCAUGAGCCUGUAGCCAUCCACCAUGUGCUGCAGUCGAUUAAUACCUGUGAUCAGAAUCUGAACCGAUGCUGUGAAAUAAUAGAAAUGAACUCUGUGAUUCAAGGGCAGCUCUUCACAAUCCUCAAUGAAACGUCUCGAGAAGGUGGGCAUUAUGCAGGUGUAGAAACAAUAAAAACUCGUCUUCUGCCAUGGCUAGGAACUUGUUUUUCCUGUGCUACUUCAGGAGGGCUCUUUGAAAGUGGCCUCUCUUUCAUUCAGGAUUCGGUUGAGAAAGAGAGGCAGCUGAGGCAACUGGCCACCAGUCAGACUUUCCAGCUGCAGGAGCUUCAGGAAGAUCUCACUUCAACGCGUCUAGGGCUCAACCAUGUGCAUCAAGAUCUGAAGGAUUCCCGUGCCCGAGAGGAGGACUCUCUGAGGAAGUUAGAUCGUUGGAAUGAUUAUGAGCAGCAGAUUCAAAUGCUGCGGGAUGAGAUUUCUAUCCUGGAUGCCCAAAAGUCUGUUCUCCAGAGCAGACUUGCGCGGAGCCGCUCUCCUUCCCCAAGACGCAGCAGGUCGCCCAGUCCGCUUCCCUUGAGGAGCUGCUCACCUGGCCGAGCCAGGCGGACAAACGCUUCCCGUCACGCCUGCCUGGUAGCUCGCUUCGGUGACAUCUAUGCUCAUGAACGCUUGGAUGCAGAGACCCUUCUGAGGACAUACAUCACUGACAAAGAGAUGGUGCAGAGGAUAAUAUACACUGCAGCUGUGGAGUCUUUCCAAGCAGCGAAGAUGGCCUACAGGCAAUUCAAAAUGCGUGUAAGAAAGACUCUGUCUUUAGGUCACACAGGGCUUGAGUCACUUGAAGACACUGUCCUGGAUUAUAUAGUUCGCCAUGAGGAUCUGUACGAUGUUCAAGCCAGUGUCAAUGAAGUAAUUCGCUCCAUGAACAUGAACCCAAAGAUUUCAUUCCCACCAGAAGUCGAUUUCAUUGUGAUCAGCAGUUUGAUUCGAGAGCUCUGCCGUGUGGCUUUUUCAAUGCAGACCCUCAUCCCUCCUCUUGAUAUUGCCUUUGGUAUGGAUGGCGAACUCUUCAGUGAGACCAAGUACCAUCGUAGUUUGGACUCUGAUUUCACAGCUGCUUUGGUGGCCUAUCAUGUAUGGCCUGCUUUGAUGGAAAAUGAUGUUGUAAUUGUGAAGGGAGAGGCAGUCACCAAAAGAGGAGCUCUGUGGUCUCGCAGGAGCAGAAGUAGAAGCAGAAGCCGGAGCUGUAGCGUGAGUCCUCUUCUAUCUCAUUUAUCUCGAAGCCGCAGUCCUUCACCACUGAGGAGCGGAAGCCCAAGACAUUAAGAUAACUGGAUAAGUUUCUGUGAUUCUGUACAUCUGGAUCCAUCGACUUUGCUGGUGCCUCCUCCUCUUCAAGGAAUACCUCAAAUGUAACAAUGUGAAUGGCAAUUGUCCCUCCAAAAGGAGCGUUAUAUGUUGUGUGUUUUUUGUGUGUAUUUGUUAUUAUAGAAGGCUUAUUUAGGACUUUAGAAAUUAAUUCAACCCUUUGAUUUAAACAAAACAACAA